AGCAGCUGACUUUCCAGGACCCGCCCCACCAGUCUCCUCUGCUCACCUCACUCAGCUCUCCCCACUUGUCUGCUCCUCUUGGGAUCUAGCUGUCUUGAAACGAGCCUAUUUUUGACCAGCUGGGUGGCUCGCGAGAGGCUCACGGCGCUGCCAGGCGGUGACCCGGAGGACCAAAACUCCCGGACGACGAGGAACCGCCCAACAUGGCAUCGGAGAGUGGGAAGCUGUGGGGUGGCCGGUUUGUGGGAGCAGUGGACCCCAUCAUGGAGAAGUUCAAUGCGUCCAUCGCCUAUGACCAGCACCUAUGGGAGGUGGACAUGCAGGGCAGCAAGGCCUACAGCCGGGGCCUGGAGAAGGCGGGGCUCCUCACCAAGGCCGAGAUGGACCAGAUACUCCAGGGCCUGGACAAGGUAGCUGAGGAGUGGGCCCAGGGUACCUUCAAACUAAACCCCAACGACGAGGACAUCCAUACAGCCAACGAGCGGUGUCUGAAGGAGCUCAUCGGUGAAACCUCACGGAAGCUACACACAGGACGAAGCCAGAAUGACCAGGUAGUCACAGACCUCAGGCUGUGGGUGAGACGGAACUGCUCCACGCUCUCUGCCCCCCUCUGGGAGCUCAUCAGAACCAUGGUGGAUCGGGCGGAGGCGGAAUGGGAUGUCCUCUUCCCGGGGUACACACACCUGCAGAGGGCUCAGCCCACCCGCUGGAGCCACUGGAUCCUGAGCCAGAGACUCUGAGAGGCUGCUGGAGGUGCAGAAGAAGAUCAACGUCCUGCCUCUGGGGAGCGGGGCCAUUGCAGGCAGUCCUCUGGGUGUGGACCGGGAGCUGCUCCGAGCAGAGCUGAACUCUCUACCUUACAGCACCUGCUGGCUCACAGUUUCCAUUUUAUGAUGAUAACUAGGGCUUGUUCUGACUCCUCUUGUCUCGUCCCUCGUUGCCCUGACAGUUACUACAUCG